AUGACUGAAGAAAUGGUCGACCAUGAAGCGAUCCAGCAACACAUAGGUGAUCUGGCCACUCUCGAGAAGGAAUUCGACGCGCUGGAAGUGCAAAUUCUCCGCGAUACAUACAAUCGCCAUUUACCCCUCUUCCGAAAACGCGAUGCCAUAACCUCUCGGAUUAAUGGCUUCUGGCCAUUAGUCCUCGAGCAGACCUCCUCAAUGCUCAACUUUGACGAGUAUAUCACACCCGAGGAUGGCCAUCUCUUUCGCUCCCUGUGCUCCAUGACCCUCUCCCGCCCAGAUGUCGACAACGAGCCGCGUACUAUCCGCCUUGACUUCACUUUUGAAGAGAAUGACUUUUUCGAAGACGCUGUUCUGGCAAAGACUUUUGUUUUCGGAAAGAGCGGGGAGAUGAGCAGUCGCUGCCGCAGUCCAAGCCUGGGAUGA